AUGUCAACGAGACGCGAGGUCAUUACCAUCGACGACGAUGACCUCUCGGAGAGCGAUAAUGUUGGCAACAGUCUCGAAACCCAAGUUCAAAGGCUUGAACGUGAUCUAAGGUCAUCAAGAAACACCACCACAUACGUCCAAGAAUACCUCCAAGGCGAACUCACGACCCUUCAAGCCGAACAUGCCAAUCUCCAAGCCAGAUAUGCUCGUCUCCAGGCCCAAGAUACACGUCGCCAAGCUGAGAAUAUGCGUCUCCGAACUGACCUUGCACGUAUACGAGCCAAGACUGCACGUCCUCUGGCCGAACCUCGAGUUGAACUUCUUGAAGACAGCCAGGCCCGCCUAGGUUCGCCAGCUAACGCCAGAAGACACGCGAUGCGUGCCCGCGAAGGACUUCAAGUCGACAACGAUGAUCUGCGUGACGGAGAAGAAGAACUAGAGACGUCAAUCACGGUUCGAGUCAAUCAAGAUGGAAAGCUCGAGACUGACUCUCAUGUCAACGAUCAAGAAUGGUAUGAACUCGAAGCUGCUUGGGCUGUCCAAGUGCAACAAUUCGAUCAGAAGAACAAGAAUUGGCCGUCAGUCAAUCUAAAGGGAAAGUGCUUAUGGAGUACUGUGAUCUCUAAGCCCACAACUCAACACUGGACAACAAAAAAGCCUGGAAAAUUCGCCUGCCGUCAGUGUGCAAAUACACUGAGGAUCUGUGCUGGCCAAGUCAAUGGUACUCUUCAACUUCUACCCCUGCCACCCCUACCAUACUCUGCAGAUCACGAAGUCAGCGACCUGCAGGGAAGAUACGUGGUCAAGGUGGAAUUGCUCAGCCGCCGCUCACCUUCAUUGUGGUCUUGA